GGGCCGGAGCUUGGGUCUCGCGCAUGCAGUUUACCAUCGCUCAGACGCGAACGAUCAACUAACCAGUGUGCACACGCGAUUUUGCGCUCCACACGCGUGGAUAGUAAACAUCUUUAUGAGUAGUUCCUUCGGAAACUCGUUUAGGCCGUGCAAAACUUCAACCGGUAUUGCUCGCUUAACCUAAAUGUGUCAUCUUCGAUAAUCUGAGCGCAUCACUCAUUCACUCCAAUCGGGCGCUGCGCAAGGUCUUUGAUCUGCACUAGUAACGGUGUCGCAAGUGUCACGGUUCCGGUUAAGUCAGUGUUGUCGCGUGUGUUGAGUAAUAGGCGCCUUCAGCGUAUGUCGGUGCUGACAAAAGGGACCGCAAGGGGUGCUACUAACGCUAACGCGUAAAUGAAAGUGAAGAGAAAAUUGCCAUGAGAUAAUACCUUGCGACAGACGACAACGACGGCGACGACAAAAACACGGCGUCAUCGAGCUUUCGCAGAAAGUGAAUUUAUUUUAGGGUGUUUUCAUAAACCGCGCGCCGGAGAAGGAAAAUUACUGAAGGCGCGGCGCGAAGGUAUGAGUGCAACCUGUGGGACACGCAAAAUGAGGUUAACCAGCUGGUUAACGGUGCUAGCAUUGCAGCUGUUGGUACAUGUCGAUGGAAUUUACGUGGUGGAAAAAGGUGGACGCAAAUCCUUGGUCAAGCUCAGUCCCGCACAGUGGACCGAACCGGACGAGAAUGGACUGUGGUCCUCGCUGUUGGAAGAGUACACGCUGGGAUUCAACACAUCGUCCCGCAGCGCUCGAGUGAUGCAAGCCACCGCCGCUGCUGUGGCCGUCGGUCAAACCCAUCAAUACAUACCGACGUCCAGUUUUUACAUCAACAAACGAAUCGGUGAAGCUGUCGAAAUGGGAUCACCCAUCGGAAAGGUUAUUGGACCUUCAGGUUAUGCUGAAAAUCAGCUCAACAGCGGUCCCAGCGGGCAAGGUUCGUUCACGCCAAUGCGUCAGAGUUUUGGCGGUGCAACUCCUACAGAGAUGCUUGCGUCACCUCGCGAGGUCUCUGAAACGGACCUUUAUUUGCUGGGAGCGAUUGAGAAGCUAGUCUAUCGAGUGGAUUACAUGGAGAAUAGACUGCGAAGAGCCGAGCAAAUUAUCUACUAUUUAAUGGCUGGAAAUAAUCAGAAAAUAGAUUCAUGCCCGGAUAACUUCACCAGAGUGCACGACAUUUGCUACCUAUUUGGAGUCGAUCGUGGAUUGAACUGGAAAUCGGCCAGUACGAUGUGCAAAUCCUAUGGCGGCCAUUUGGCGGAGUUUGAAACUGGUAUAGAAUUUCAGGAUGUUGUAGCCUACAUAUUGAACAAUCAACUGAACCGGGGCAAAGAGUACUGGUUGGGUGGUUUGAAUCCGGGACUGCUCUGGAUUUGGACUCAGUCCGCCAAACCGGUUAAUCCCAACACGAAUCUAACUUCGAUCACAUCAAGCAGCCAAGGGUCUGGGAGUGCCAGUAAGGUGGAUUUUUCGAAAAAAGAAGAUUCUAAAAUUGUCAACAACCCCGCUCAGCCCUCAAAGCAAACGGGACCCACACUGGAGAUAACAGGUACAGGACGAUGCCUAAAGCUGACGUAUAACAGCGCACUUUAUACGUACGGGUACACCGGACAGGAUUGCUCCGCGAGGUUCAACUACAUUUGUGAACUUAGAAGUAAAUCUCUGGAUAAUGAGAUUUCCCGUAUUGCGAAACAGCUGAAGUUAGAUUAGUUGAUGAGAAGUAAGGUUAGUUUAUAGGUUCGUACAAUACACGAUAAUUUAUUGAAACUUGUUUAAGAGAGUGUGCGAUGAGAUAAUAAAGUUUAUUUAACAAUCU